AUAUUAUUAUUAAUUUAAUUUAAUUUUACAUUCUACUUAUUUUAUAUUAAUAAAAAUAAUAAAAAAUCGUUAACUAAUUAUAAAAUAUUACGUUAUAGUAGCGAUAAACAUUUUAAUACCUCAUAAUAAUACUCUGGCUACUUCUAUAAGUGCUAAAUAUUCAAUAUUUGAUUGAUUAUACGAUGGUGAUGCCCAAAAAAAACAAUGUCUAAUAAGUCUAAUGCAUUGUGUCUUUUAAAAUUAUUAUUAUUAUUUUUAAAGAAAAAAGAAAAAUAUUUAUGGUUAAAAAACAAGAUGAGAUGACCUAUGAGGAUCUAACUAAUGAGUUUUGAAAUUCCUCUCAAAUGAAUAAAAUAAAAAGCCCAAAAAAUUAAGUUGAAUACUUAUUUAGAAAGAAAAAAUAAAAACCUAAAAAAGGAGAGAGAACCUAAAACUAUGUUUAUAUAUAUAAUGUGUGUUGAUAGCGAGAGAAAGAGUUGCACAACAAUACAAAAAAGCAACCCUUCCUUCCUUCCCCCUUUCCUUUUCUCCCAUCAAGCCUUGUUUUUCACUCUUUGUUUGUUUACAUUACAAUUUACAAUCACCUUCUCUUUCUUUUUUCUUUUCUUUUUUCUCUCUUUAGAGAAAGAAAGAAAGUAGAAGUGGUGGUGGAGGAGGUGGGGGUUAAUUUUGUAUCCAAUAUCCAUCUCUGUUAAUCAUCCAUGGAGUACAUCUCAAAAUCAUCUCAUGAGAGACCAGAGAACCCAUCAUCAUCAUCUCCUUCAAACUCACCCACCACCACUGCCACCAACAAUGGCAGUAUUAACAGUUUAAGCAGCAGCAGCAACGUCAACAACAAUGGAGUUCAAACUCCGGUUUCAAAGCCUACCACUCCCAGAUCUGAUCCCAACAACCCUUACCCAACAACGUUUGUUCAAGCUGAUACCUCUAACUUCAAACAAGUGGUUCAAAUGCUUACAGGUUCCACUGAGACAAUUAAACAAACACCUUCUAGGCAACCCCAGGAGCAGAGGAAUUUCAACAUACCACCAAAGAAACAAGGCUUCAAACUCUACGAAAGGAGGAAUUGCAACAACAACAACAACAGUAAUAAUCUCAAAAAUAGCCUUAUGAUCAACACCCUUUUGCCGAAUUUUGCUGCCAAUAACUCCGGUUUCUCUCCGAGAAAGCCUGAGAUCUUGUCCCCAAGUCUACUUGAUUUCCCAUCCUUGACUCUCAGUCCGGUCACGCCGUUAAACGACGAUGCCUUCAACAAGUCUAUGUCGCCGUCGCCGUUGUUAACGAUGAGUAAUUCUCCAUCGUUGGAGGAAGAAAGAGCGAUUGCCGAGAAGGGUUUUUACUUGCAUCCUUCACCCAGAGACCCAGCCGAGCCCCCUCAGCUUUUGCCCUUGUUUCCGGUCACUUCGCCCAGAGUUUCUGGCUCCGCCGCAGCUUCGUCUUGAGGAAGAUUCUUAUUAAUGGAAGAAUAAUUAGGCUAUGGAAGGAAAAAAAAAACCCAAAAACAAAGUAAGUAUAAUUAUUUUAACUUUGUUGAUUGAAAGAAAAAAAAAACAAAAGUAAUUCUGAGUGUUUGAUUUGAGAUUCAGCUCCUUUGCUCCCAAUUUGUACAAUUUCUCUUCUUUUCCAUAAGGAUGAUCAUAACCAAAAAAACUUUUUUUUUCCAA